AUGCCUAUCGGAAUACCAAAGACGGACUCCCUUGCGGAGAUGUUCUCGCUCAAAGGCAAGGUCGUUGUCGUCACCGGUGCUUCCGGACCCAGAGGAAUGGGUAUUGAAGCUGCUCGUGGUUGCGCCGAGAUGGGAGCAGACUUGGCUAUCACAUACGCCUCCCGCCCCGAAGGCGGCGAAAAGAACGCCAAAGAGCUCGCCGAGAAAUACGGCGUCAAAGUCAAAGCCUACAAAUGCGACGUCGGCAACUGGGAAUCCGUAUCAGGCCUCGUGUCAGACGUAAUCAAAGAAUUCGGCAAGAUCGACGCCUUCAUCGCCAACGCCGGCCGCACCGCCGACAGCGGCAUCCUCGACGGCACCGUCGAGGCCUGGAACGAAGUCAUCCAGACCGACCUGAACGGCACCUUCCACUGCGCCAAAGCCGUCGGCGCACACUUCAAGGAGCGCGGGACCGGCUCCUUCGUCAUCACUGCGAGCAUGUCCGGCCACAUCGCGAACUUCCCCCAGGAACAGACGAGCUACAAUGUUGCGAAGGCCGGGUGUAUUCAUAUGGCGAGGAGUCUGGCGAAUGAGUGGCGUGGGUUUGCCAGGGUGAAUAGUAUUAGUCCGGGGUAUAUUGAUACGGGGUUGAGUGAUUUUGUGGAUAAGAAGGUGCAGGAUUUGUGGAUGAGUAUGAUUCCUAUGGGACGGAAUGGCGAUGCGAAGGAGUUGAAGGGGGCGUAUGUUUAUCUUUGCUCGGAUGCUAGUACGUAUACUACUGGAGCGGAUCUUGUUAUUGAUGGUGGUUACACUGCUAGGUAG